AUGGCAACCCUCUUGUUGAACCACCCAAUGAUGAUUGCACAGAUACCAAAAGCCCCCAUGACAAUGGCAAACCUUUUCUUGAACGCUGCGCAGACGACAAAACCCUCCAUGGCGACGACGGCAAACCUUUUGUUGACCCCUCCGCUUUUGUUGAUCCCUCCGCUGAUGAUCAUUGCCCUAAAAUCCACUCAACAGCCUCCUCUCUUUAAAAAUAGUUUCUUGAAUACUUCUCGCUCUAAAAAGAGUUUCUCAUAUACUCCGCCAACAUCCUCCUCGACGCGUCCUCUGUCUCUUCGUCUUUCUUCGAACAAUGCUGCCGUGCCCAUCUCUCCGGUCCUUAAAAAGGACCACAAGGGUUUUGGUGGCAACAUGAGCUGCGCUGAUUUUUGGGGCCCUUUGUCCGGUUGGGAUGAUGUGGUGCAAAUGGAUAAAAAGUUCGUGUGUGGAUGGGCGGCCAAAGAGGACAGUACUGUUGCAGGGACCGAAGAUGAUUUUGCCCCUACCUUGUUGCGUAUCUGGCACUCAUGGUAUUACCUUCAAAGUUGGAAAAAUUUUGGAAAAAGAAAAGAUAGAAACCCGAGUAAGAAACAAUGCGUAACUUUCAAUGAUGUGGAAGGAGUUGAUUCUGCCAAGGCUGAACUUCUCGAGAUUGUCUCAUGCAUUAAAGGAGAUAGUAAAUAUAUGAAACUUGGGGCGAAAUUACCAAGAGGGGUUCUGCUUGCGGGUCCCCCAGGAACCGGAAAAACAUUGUUGGCCCGUGCAGUGGCCGGAGAAGCUGAUGUGACGUUUUUCUCGAUGUCUGCUAGUGAAUUUGUCGAGAUUUUUGUUGGUAACGGGGCUGCCCGUGUUCGAAAUCUUUUCAACGAUGCCAGAAAACGUUCACCGUCUAUUAUUUUCAUUGAUGAGAUAGAUGAUGUUGGAGGGCAACGUGGAACAUCUUUCAAUAGUGAGCGUGAUCAAACUUUAAACCAGCUUUUGACUGAGAUGGAUGGAUUUGAGAAGGGUGCAACUGUGGUGGUUAUAGCGGCUACUAACAGACCGGAGUUGUUGGAUUCUGCUUUGAUUAGACCGGGUCGGUUUUCCAGGAAAGUGGUUGUGGGUAAACCGGAUGAAGAUGGAAGAACAAAUUUUUUUUCUUUAUAUUUACAAAAGGUGCCCAUGGGCAAGGAGGACAAACGAGUCAUUUGUGACCUUGUUGCUUCACGUACACCGGGGUUAGUUGGGGCUGAUCUUGAAAAUAUAGCUAAUGAGGCUGUAAUGCUUGCUGCUCGUAGAGGUGGCGAUUUUGUGACCAAGGAGGAUGUUCUUCAAGCUCUUGGGAGGGCCACAACGAAAAUUUGUAAUGAUGAUACUACCAGUGAAGCUCAGUCACCGUAUUUGUUUGGACAAAUGGCACUAGAAAGUGUCCACGCUGGGGGAUAUCGAUUUCGAACUAAUCAUCUAUAG